GAACAUCCAUUUGACAUCGACGAGACUGAACCAGGAACUACGGAACAGAUUCUUCCGCUCUAUAAGUAGCUAAAUGCUCUCUUGUGAGGUGAGGAAUUUUGCUUGGUCAGAGCUGACCAAAUAGCACACUCUGUGACCCUGUUACUUCCUGGCCCCUGAUUGAAUCAUCACAGAUUACAACGCCAGAGGGUAUCUGGGCAGAACAGGACAGAGGUUUCUAGAAGAUGGGCAUGUACGCCACUUAGCAGCCCAUGUCAACUUCCUUCAGUGGUCACACUCAUUACAAAGUGAACGAUGGGAAAAAAGGAUGCAAGUUCUGUCAAGCAGCCGGUCGAUCAGUACCGUAAACAGAUCGGAAAACAGGAUUACAAGAAAACCAAGCCGGCAUUGCGAGCCACUCGACUGAAAGCGGAGGCAAAGAGGAGCGCUCCGGGAAUCAGGGACAUCAUAUUGGUUGUUGUGGCUGUUCUGGUCUUCCUCCUGGGUGUCUAUGCAUUCUUCUACCUCAACUUGAGCACCGAACUGAACCUGGACUCAGACAUGGACUAAAGAACAUUUUUUCACUCACUCAGCCCAGUUGAUUCUGAGAGGCUGAACUCAUGGGCACACACAUGUCCACCCACAGUUUUAUAGUAUUACAUACUGUAUCUCAUUCCCACUUGCUUGAUUUCUUCUAUGCCACAUAACUACAGAAGCUUAGACGGUGUAAAGAAAAAUUAGUCUUAAAGUGCAUAGAAGCAUAAAAAGAGUUGUUUAUCCUUGAAUUUUUUUUUUUUUUUUUUACAUUGUUAAUAAAGCUCCACCUGCCCCACAAGUUUACUUUUUUCUUUGGGAUCUUUUAGUUUUAGACAUUUCCAUUAUACUUUUGUAUAAUGGUGCAGAUGGAUUUUUAUUCAAAUUGGAUGGAUUUACCUGCUUUAUAUUAUUUUAUUAUAAUAAGGUAAUAAUAUAUAUUUUUUUUAAUUAUAUUUUUACUUUGUAUAUUUUUUCCCCCUGAGAUUUUUGAGGGAAAAAAUUAAAUUUUUUUUAGUAUGUUUCCAGUCUACACAGUCAGUUAAGUGUGCAAUCUAGGCUUCUCAAUGCUGGAGAUUCGAGGCAAUAAUCCAUCUCUGAUCAUGUUGGUGCGUGCAAUGCUGAGAUUCUUCUUACUCACUGUCAUAGCACUACUCAUUAGCAUAUCAAAUACCGUAAACUUUGGUUACUGAAAGCCAAAAGAGCAACCAUGAAAGACACAUGAAUAUUACCACCAGACCUUGAUGUACUCGCUGCUUUUAUGUGUGUGUGUGUGUGUGUGUGUGUGUGUGUGCGCGCGUGCGUGCGUGUGAUCUCCAGAGACAUAUUGAAAUGAUCAAUCAGUGUGAGGUGAUUUUUUAUUUUAUUUUUUUUCUAAAAAGAAAACAAAAAUACGGCCCUGCCUUAAGAAUCAGUGCUUCCCCUUACACGCUGCUGUGCCUGUGUGUGUGUGUGUAUGUAUAUGAAUGUUUGUGGGGAAAGAGUGAGAGUUGUAGUGUGGAAAAUGAAAGGCUGAGGCUGAUGACAUUCAAGGUUAAUUUACAUUCUCUUUGUAUAGCGUAUUGGAUCUCAUACAAACACACAGCAAAGACUUAUUUCAUUCCAGACUGUGAGACUUGUUUUAUCUUUCCCUGCAUGAGGUAUAUGUCUCUAACUCAGGACAAUUGCUUCGCUGCUCAACCCUUAUUUUCCUGGGACGUCUCACUGUUAUGAUUAAUUGAAGGAUUGAUGCCCUAUUGAACAAAACAUUUUUGUAGUCUGUCUUUGAUUUAAACUCAUGAGCUUUCCAAGUUCUUUCAUAGUGAGAUCGAACUAAAGUAAAACAAAGAAUCUCAUGUUUCUUGUUGACUGUUAUGCUUGUUCCUCUUCUCUGUUUCUUUCAUAUUUGAGAUAAAACUCUAAACAUUGUCAAAACACACUGAUGCUGAUAAAAUCAUAUAUUUAGAAAAAAUUUAAAAUCAUAUAAAAAUG